GAACCAGAGGACUCGAGCAUUUCCAUCGACAGAAUAUUGAGAAUAACUAUAUUGGCAGAUGAAUGGAAUUCACUGAAAGGUGGUUUAUCAACUUUUAAUAGAGAACUUGCUAUUCACUUGGCGAGAAAUCCAGACGUCGAUGUCACUUUCUUCGUCCCACAUGGUGUUUGUGGGAGAGAAGUAAAGGAAACAGCAAAAGAGAAAGGGGUUACAAUUAUCGAGGCAGAACAACUCACAGCCUGUACUUCCCAAGAACAAUUAUUUUUCCCACCGAAAGACCCUCAAAUUGACAUAAUCAUCGGCCAUGGUGUGAAGCUUGGAAGACAAGCUCAAGUUAUUAAAAACUCCCAUAGGUGCAAGUGGGUUCACGUGGUUCACACCGUGCCUGAGCAACUUGGUAUGUUCAAAGACUAUCCAAAAGCUAUUGCCAAAGGUGAAGAGAAGAACCUAAGCGAGCUUGAGCUGUGUGCAAAAGCCGACCUUGUCCUGCCAGUUGGUCCAAAGUUAGAGAGCUUUUACUCCCAUCGUCUUCGUUGUGUUAAGAAAGAGCAAGAUGUUAUGAAAUUUACUCCUGGCAUAAUAGAGGAUCUAACGGAUGCAGAACAAUCACCACACGAGAAUGACAUGUUUCAGGUUCUUGUGUUUGGGCGUGGUGAUAACGAGGACUUCAGACUUAAAGGUUACGACAUAGUAGCCGAGGCAUUCGCACUUAACGAGCUAAAAAAAGAUUGCUUUCAAAUAAAAUUUGUCGGUGCAUCUAGUGAGCAACAAGACAAUUUUGCGAAGAGGAUUUUGCAGUAUGGUGUUCGCGACAAUCAAUUGAGUUUCGGGUGUUACGUUGAAGAUAGAAAACUAUUAAAGCAAUUACUAGUCAGCGUGGAUCUUGUUCUUAUGCCUUCAAGAACUGAAGGAUUCGGUUUCACUGCGCUCGAGGCCUUGUCUGCCGGUGUGCCAAUUCUUGUUAGCAAAAGCUCAGGUUUCGCAAAAGCGCUAAGUGAUGUAGAAUUUGGAGACCACUGUGUGGUUGAGAGUGAAAAGGCAAAAGAUUGGUCAGACGCGAUCAUAAAGGUAUUCGAGAAGAAAAGGGGAAAACGCCUGAAAGAAAUACAAAGCCUGCGAAAAUCUUAUGAACAGACGUACAGUUGGAAAAGGCAAUGUGAAACUCUUGUGGAUAAAAUGUGGAAUAAGGUUUUUACUGAGUAGAGGAUUGUAAUCAUAUGAAAAGAUGCAACGCAAGUAAUGGACAGAGUUUUCUGUGCUGAAUAGAUCUACACGAAUGAACAGCCACUUCGCGACAUUCUUGAAAAGGAGGCAACUCCGCUACCUCACUCCAAAAUUUUAAGUCUAGCUAGUGAAUCAAUGUAAUGUUUCACCACAAGCAAUUAUUAAAUUAUUUAUAUAUUUAUCUAA